CUGGCACUUGCUUCACCUCAUACUAGUUACAUACAGCACUAUGGUUUUAACACCCUCUUCUUCUGACAAGACCUUCGAAACCACCUCCCAGCCUCCUCAAAGCUUCUGCACAUCACCAUUGUUUACCCAAGGAUGGACUGCUUCUCAUUGCUCCUCUGUGUUGGUGCCAUUGUGUUAACACCGUGCCAUGGAUUCAGUUUGGAUACAGAAAAUCCCAUCAUCUUCCGAGAGAACGCCAAGGGCUUUGGGCAGAGCGUCGUGCAAUUUGGAAGUGGAGCAAAUGCUGGGGUGCUUGUCGGUGCCCCACUCCAGCAUGGGGAUGUGAAUGAAACAGGAAAGCUGUAUAAAUGUCAAACAAUACCAAGCAAAACUGGCAGAUGCGAGGAUGUUGUUUUGCAAAGACCUGCUGAUGCAGUGAACAUGUCUCUCAGCUUGUCUCUCUCAGCUCAAGGUUCUCAGUUGCUGGUGUGUGGUCCCACCGUGCAGCAGACUUGUGGUGAAAAUAUAUACCUCAAGGGCUAUUGCUUUCUCCUUGAUCAGAAUUUGGCAGAGGUGAAGCGCUUUCCUGAGAGUCUGCCAGAUUGUCCAAAGCAGCUCACAGACAUAGUUUUCCUGAUGGACGGUUCAGGAAGUAUUCAACGCCAUGAGUUCCCACAGAUGAAGACAUUUAUAACUAUGAUCAUGAAGCGUUUCCAAAAUAGCAAUACCCAGUUUGCCUUGUCUCAGUACGCACGUGGGUAUCGAGAAGAGUUUGACUUCCUUGACUUCCAGAGAGUCAGAAAUCCUGAUGAUUUGCUUAGACCAGUUCAGCAGCUGCAAGGGGCAACUUUGACAGCUAAAUAUAUCCAGAAAGUGAUACGUGAACAAUUUGUCCCAGAAAAAGGAGCCCGGCCUGGUGCCUCGAAAGUUCUCAUAGUAAUAACUGAUGGAGAGAAAUCAGGAGACCGCUUGGAGUACAGUGACGUCAUCCCAGAGGCUGAACGUGCUGGCAUCACCCGCUUUGCCAUUGGGGUGGGGAAAUCUUUCUCAGGAGGCACAGCCAAGCAAGAGCUUAUCAGUAUUGCCUCUCAACCAGAGGAUGAUCAUGUUUUCCCAGUGGACAACUUUGAUGCUCUCAAGGACAUCCAGAAUAAACUCCAAGAUAAAAUCUUUGCCAUUGAAGGGACACAAUCCAAAGACAGCAGCUCCUUCCAGUUAGAGAUGUCCCAGGAGGGAUUCAGUGCCUUGCUGACCCCAGAUGGCCCAGCGUUGGGAGCAGUAGGAGCCUAUGACUGGUCCGGAGGGGUCUUCCUGUAUGGAAGUGGUGGCGAAUCAAGCUUUAUCAAUAUGUCAAGAUUCAAUAAAGAAAUGAAUGAUGCCUACCUUGGUUACUCACUGCAAACAAUUCAACUGAAUGGACAGAGCAGUUAUGUGUUAGGGGCUCCUCGUUAUCAACAUGCUGGCAAGGUUGUCUGGUUCAGCCAGGACAAUGGGCAAUGGAAAGUACAAUCAGAGCUGUCCACAAAAGAGCCCAUCCAGAUUGGCUCCUACUUUGGAGCUACACUUUGCUCUGUGGACCUUGACAGAGACACCAACACGGAUCUGGUUCUCAUUGGCGCUCCUAUGUACUAUGACACUGUGGCUGGAGGGAGGGUCUACGUCUUUGAGAGGAAGGGAGAGUCAUUUCUCUGCAGCAAAGAAUUGCGUGGAGAAAUCAACAACCCCUUUGGCCGCUUUGGAGCUAGCAUAGCAGAAAUAGGUGAAAUAACUGGGGACCGAUGGACAGAUGUGGCAGUCGGGGCUCCAAUGGAGGAUGAGAAUCGAGGAACUGUGUACAUAUUUCGGGGAAGCAGGAGAUCCAUAAACCAAGCAUACAGCCAGCGUAUCAGAAGUUCCCAGAUGGCCAAUAAUCUUCAGUACUUUGGGCAAGCGAUUGGUGCUGGAUCAGACCUCACUGGAGAUGGACUUCCGGAUGUAACAGUGGGAGCGGAAGGACAAGUGCUGCUGCUGAGGUCUCGGCCUGUGCUCCAAGUGGAAUCCAGGAUCACCUUUGAACCAUCUACAAUCCCUCUUUCUGCCUUUGAGUGCCAGGACCAGGGGGUCCUGAACAAGGAGAUCAGCAAAGCAACUGUUUGUCUCGCUGUCAAGUCGGACGCACGGUUUACAUUAGGCAAUAGCAUUUCCAGCACUAUUCGGUACACUUUGUCCUUGGAUUUUGGUCGAAGUAUGAUCCGGGCUAUUUUUCAAGGUGGUUCAAGCACCUCCACCAUCACUGAAGAGCUGCAAGUGGGCUUGAGAGAAAACUGCAAGGAGUAUCGCAUAAAGUUGCCGACCUGCAUAGAAGACAGUCUUACUCCUUUAAGCCUCCGGUUGAAUUAUACCUUGACAGGAAAUCUCAUUCAGGGUACUAAUAACCUGCGAGCCAUCCUAGGUGAAGACGAGCCCCAUCAGUUUACAGCAUAUCUGCCAUUUGAAAAGAACUGUGGCAAAGAUGGUGUCUGCAAAGACGAAUUAAAAACUUCCUUCAAUUUUUCUGGUCUGGACACACUGGUGGUGGGCGUCACGCCUGAGGUCAAUGCCACAGUCUUCAUCCGAAAUGAUGGAGAAGACUCCUACAGCACCACUUUGAACUUCUUAUACCCUUCUUCAUUAUCCUACCGCAGGUUCACAUUACUGAAGUCCAACAGGGUAUUUUUCGUCAUUAACUGUCACUCCAUCCCCACCGCUGAAGAGGACCCUGUAAGGAACACUACUUGUAACAUCAAUCACCCCAUCUUCCGAAGUGGGGCAGAGGCUAUCUUCAUUGCCACGUUUUCCAUAUCUCAGGAUGCAGAUUUUGGUCUAGAGGUGCAGAUCAAUGCUACAGCCGGCAGUGAAAACAAUGGCCCCAUCACACGGGACAUGAUUCACCAAGAAAAGCUGCCCGUCAAAUAUGCCGUAUAUAUCUUUGUCAACACUAUUGAUAAAUCAACAAAGUAUGUCAAUUUUUCUGUUGGACAGGAAGAUAAAAAUAAAGCUGUGGAACAUAUAUAUGAGGUGAAGAAUACAUAUAAACGAAAAAUUAAUGUCUCAGUGGAGUUUCAGUUUCCUGUGGAACUGAGUGGGACGUGGGUGUGGAAUGCAUCCCUAGAGUUUCCCAAGGAGUUGUCCCACCUGGUUAAUUGUGUCCCAGGAAAACAGACUGCAGGUUCCAAGGAUUUUGUGAAAAAACUAUCUGAGCGCCCUGUUCUGGACUGUUCUGUAGCGACCUGUAAAACAGUCCACUGUCACAUCCCUUCUCUGGAAAAUCAGCUACAGUUCAAAAUCAAGGGGGACACUGGGUUCAAGUGGCUCUCUCAGACCCAACAGAAGAAAGUGACCCUGGUGAGCUCGGCACAGAUUUUCUACGAUGAGAACAAAUAUACCACAAAGAAAGAAUUUGUACAGAGUCAGGCAAACACUGUGGUGGAGCAUUUGGUGCCCUAUAACUACCUGCCCAUCAUCAUUGGCAGCAGCAUUGGGGGACUUGUUCUCCUUGCUCUAAUUAUUGCUGGUCUCUACAAGCUUGGAUUCUUCAAGCGACAGUAUAAAGCAAUGAUGGAUGAGGCAGGCGAUGGGGGCAAUGAGGCAGCUGGGCCUUCACAAGACCCUACUCCUGCUGCUACUAAAGGAUAACAAACUUCCAUAAGCCAUGUUUCCUCUAGGAACGCUGAACAAGAGAAGAGACGAUCCGGGUUGGAGUUGAACUUUGCUUUAUACCAUUCCUUUUCCUUACCCAGAAAGAGCCCCUACAAAACACACAAGUUUACUUGUGAUCACUGCCUGAAUGCAUGCUGAGAAGUUAUGCCCAAUUCCCAGUACAUGCAUGUAGGACGAUCACACAACCGAUAGAUUAUUUCUUAUACAGAAAUGUUUCCUUUGCAUAAAAUAAAUAGACCAAUCGUGAUUAUUACAACAAGGAAGGAGGCAUGAAUUCCAAUCUCCUUAAUUCUUCAACACUCGAAGUCUAAUCAUGUAUUGAAAAAAAAGGUUACUAAGAGAAGAUGUUUGUAUCCAGCAUCCGAACAGAUGAGGAUAUGUUUGCAUUCUGCUUACAUGUUGCCUGCAUUCACAAGGAAUCUAAUAUUGGAACCAUCAUUUAGAUUUUGUUUUGAAGUUUCUUCAAGCAACAGUUUUUAGACUGUUUCAAGGAAUUUAAAAAUAACAUUUUAAUGUGCGUUUUAAUUUUAAAAAAUAUUUGUAUUGUUAGUACGUGUUAUUUCUCCAUCACCUUGGGAAAUUUUGUAGGAUGAGGGGUGAUAGAGAAAUUGGCCCUCCACAUUUGCUGGGGUUAGGGCAGGUAUGGGCCCGGGGUCCAGAUGGGACCCUUUGGGCUCUUUUCUCAGGCCCCCCUCUCUCACCAUCCUAUUCUUCCUUCUUUCUCUCUUUCCUUCCUCCUUGCCUCCCUCUUUCUCCUUCCCUUAUACCCUUUCGUCUUUCCUUCUUUCUCUCUUUCCUUCAUUCCAUCCAUCCUUUCCUUCCAUCUUUUUGUUCUUCCCUCUUCCCUCCCUUUUGUCUUUCCCUCCUUCUCUUUCCUUCCUCAUCUCCCUCCCUUCCCUCCCUCCUUUUCCUUCCAUCCUUCUCUUCCACCCUUUCAUCCUUCCCUUUCUCCUUCUUUUAUUCGCCUUUGUCUUUCUUUCCUUUGCUUUCCUUUAUCCUUCCUUUCCUUCCAUCAUUCUCUUCAUCUCUUUCUUCCUUCUCUUUCUCCUUCCAUCCUUCCCUUUCUCCCUUCCACCCUUUCUUCCUUCUCUCUUUCUUUCUUUCCUUCCUUCUUCCUUCUUUCCAUCACUGGGCAGCCAGUCCUCCUAGCAGGGAGUGCUAGCAUGUGGCACCCAAGUUAGGAAGUUUGCCCAGGCCUGGAUUAGGGGCCUGAAAAUUAUAAAAACUUGAACAAAACAACUUUUUUUCCCUGAAGGAACAAUCAAUCACUAAGUUCUCCAGCAAAACUUUAUGGUCAGUUUUUGCCAUAAGUUAACAUGGAAUAACAUGUAGGGCCGAGAUAGUCCUAGAGAGAAAAUGUUCGUCCACAAAUAAUAAAAUCGGCAAAAUCGAGGGGAACAACUGUAUUUAAAAUAAACAAACAGAAAUAUAUAA